UUCUAAAUAUAAUAAAAGAGGCAAAAAAAACUUGACAGAGAUAUAAAAUUAUUUUUGUUGAGACUGAAGAACUGACAUUUUUCUUUCACAAUAAAAUUUCAUUCUUUGAUUACUUUUUUUUUCCUUAAUCCGCUAGUACAAAAGAUUUGCCUAUAAAAUGGCUAGCUAUACUACCAACAGUAAAAACUACAAUAUGAAACUUAUAGACACUCUCUAUAAUCACGUUCCAGCAUUUACAGAUGUCUUUGAUGAGGAAACAUGGUAUAUUUUUGUUGCCUGCUUUGUAGCAGGCACAUUUUUAGUCACAUUCAUUCUUUCAAGAUUUAUAACGUUAACACCUGUGGAAUAACUAUAAAUUGUCUUUUCGGAAAUGUAUCUUUCAUUCGUAUAGAUCAAUCAUUAAUUACAUUUAAUAAAUUAUAUUUAUGUUGUACUAAUAUAAUUACAUAGAUAAUAUGAUAGAUUUGUCUGCGCACGUCUUAAUAACUUCAAUGGAAAAAUAUCUAUGUGAAAACCUUAUAGGGAUAGCUUCAGGUGCCUUAAGCACUUCAUUGCACUGUUUUCAAUGAUAAUUAAUAAUAUAACUGUAUAUACCAAAA